AUGUUUGUUACCCACUUUGUCAGAAACAAGCGCAGGGAGAAAACUACCGGCGAGCUGAUGUCCAUCAAGCAAGGGGACUCUGAAAGCUUGAGGAACUAUGUAGGGCGCUUCAAUGCGAAAGCCAUCACCAUCCCCAAACUGCAGCAGGAGGUGGCGGUCUUAGCCCUAAUGACAGGCUUAAAAGAAAGGACUGCCUUCAGAAGCUACUUGGGCCGCAAAAAGCUAACAAGCCUAACAGAGGUCUUAGGCAAGGCAAAUGACUUCAUCCGAGGAGAGGAGUUUGACAAAGUGGCAGCUGCUAAAAGUCCGACAGGAGAUAAGAAAGAGAAGGAGAAAGAUCGCAAGGAAGACAAGUACCGGAAGGACAGAAAGCCGGAAACUUCCAGGAGGAGGGAGGAAAGUAAUACGGUAAAGAAGGGUCAGGUUGGGCGACCUGACCAAUAUCACAAUUACACCCCCUUGACAAUGUCUUGGACUGAGAUAUACGAGCUCCACAAGAAAGACGACAAGUGGCAGCGGCCUAGAAAGAUGUACUAUAAGGGCCGGGAUAAGUCAAAGUGGUGCGAGUUUCACAGGGAUUAUGGUCACGUCACUAAUUAUUGUAAGGACCUGAAGGACGGCAUCGAAGAUCUGAUAACGAGAGGAUACUCACUAGUAGAGAAACGCCGAUUUGCGUCGGACCUGAGACGCCUAUUUGCAUCGGACUUGGGUCCAACGGCACAGUGGCCGGCACCCCCACGCAUGCCCUCUGUAGCGUUUACGUCAGAGGACGCCAAAGGAAUCAUCUACCUCCACGAUGAUCUCCUGGUAGUAUCUCUGCAAAUUUCCACAGUGAUGGUCCAUCGCAUACUGGUGAAUGGCGGAAGUUCCGCCAACAUAUUAUACAAAGAGACGUUCGAAAAGAUGGGCCUUGAGGCAUCAUGCCUAAAGCCUAUCUCGUAUCCGGUAAUCGGAUUUACUGGGGCAUCUGUCGUCUCGGAAGGAACCAUCAAGCUGCCGGUGACAAUAGGUGAGGUAUCCCAUUCCAGAGACAUGAUGGUAGAGUUUCUGGUCGUCGACGUCCCGGCGGCCUACAACACUAUCAUUGGACGACCUCUGAUCCAUGAUGCACAUGCAGUAGUCUCCACCUACCAUUUGACAAUUAUUUACAUGUCAAACAAAGGUAAACCGAAAAAAAUCAAGGGGAAUCAAGAGUCCGCCAGGGCUUGUUACCUGACGGCCCUCAAGCACUCUGAUCACAAGCGACCGGCAGAGACGCCACCGUCGGCACGAAAAAGGCGCAGGACAGAAAACAAAGCUAAGAGAGAUAUGUAA